UACUAUAGAAACAAUGGUACGGUACACCGUGACAGGUGAUUAAGAGGCAGCUCUCGGAACUCCCACGCUAUUAUCUAGCAAGCUGAUCGUUACGCGUAUAUAUGUACGUACGUACAAUGGAUCGCCUCGACCGCCCCGUCGCGAAAGCGGUGCUUCACGUUCCUUCGCGUAACCAUGAGGAAUGUCGAGUCUUUCACGGUCGCUGCGUUUAGCAACGCGUGCGCAGGCACAACAUCGUGGGCACUGUCGCACAACCACUCGCCUCCGACAACCGUUCGCCCUCGGUGCGGUAGUUUUGGCCUAAUUCUAGCCUAAUACCGAGCUGUCUUCUCGAAUCCUGCAAUAGUCUGCCAAUAAACUGUAGCGAGAUGGCGGAUGAUUCGAGCGUACGCGUAGCCGUACGAAUAAGGCCUCAGGUAGCUCGCGAAGUAAUCGACAUGUGCAGGAUUUGUACUCAAGUACCUCAGGGGGAACCGCAGGUUUUUCUCGGACCCGACAAGGCCUUUACUUAUGAUUACGUUUUUGAUACUCAAUCAGAUCAAAACUCGAUUUACGAAACAUGCGUGAAUCGUCUCGUAGAAGGCGCGUUGGACGGAUACAACGCGACGGUCCUCGCCUACGGGCAGACUGGCUCGGGGAAAACUUACACCAUGGGCACUGGCUUCGACGUGGAAGUCGACGAGGAUAUAGUCGGAAUCAUACCUAGAGCUAUUUCACACCUCUUCGAUGGAAUAAUGGAUAAACAAGAACGCGCAAAGGAACGCGCGCAAAUGCCUCCAGAGUUCAAGGUCACAGCACAAUUUUUAGAAUUAUACAAUGAGGAUUUGAAAGAUCUAUUAGAGCCGGGAGGACCGAGAGGUGGUGCACGUAUUCACGAGGAUACAGCGGGUAAUAUACACUUGGCUGGAGUGGAACCGCGCGUCGUAACCAGCCCUGAACAAGCGUUAGAGUAUCUGCGAUUGGGCGCGUUAUCGCGCACAACAGGAUCCACGCAAAUGAACACGCAAUCCUCGAGAUCGCACGCUAUAUUUACGUUAUACAUCAAACAGCAGAGAUGCAUCAAAGUUGAGGAUCCAGACGCGGACGUCGACACGAGCGGCCUCGAGCUAACGAAUGAAUUUGAAACGUUAACAGCGAAAUUUCAUUUUGUCGAUUUGGCCGGUUCUGAGAGGCUAAAACGAACGGGUGCUACCGGCGAUCGAGCAAAGGAAGGCAUCUCUAUAAACUGUGGAUUGUUGGCGUUGGGUAAUGUUAUUUCUGCUCUCGGUGAUAAAACAAAGAAAGCUUCACACAUACCAUAUAGAGACUCAAAGUUAACCAGAUUACUUCAAGAUUCUCUCGGAGGAAAUAGUCAAACUGUUAUGAUAGCGUGUGUAUCGCCGAGCGAUAGAGAUUUUAUGGAAACUCUAAGUACUCUAAAAUAUGCGAAUCGAGCAAGAAAUAUAAAGAAUAAAGUUACUAUUAAUCAGGAUAAGAGCUCGCGAACAAUCGCUUCGUUACGACGUGAAAUUCAACAACUUCAAUUGGAAUUGAUGGAAUAUAGACAAGGCAAGAGAGUUGUCGGUGAAGAUGGAAUUAAUGAUGCUUGGCAUGAAAAUCAAAUGUUAAGUAGUGAAUUACAGAGUUUGCGAACCAGAGUGAAAGCGCUUUCGGAAACGGUUGAAGCAUUAACCGCCAAAAAUGUUCUUUUGUUGGCGGAAAAAGCAGCGGGUCAUUGGGUAGCGGCAACAAGUGGAGGUGACGAACAAGUGACUAAUCUGGUACAAGGUUACGUUCAAGAAAUAGAAGAGUUAAGAGCUCGUCUGUUGGAGGCGGAAGCUAUGUAUCAGCAGUUAAAAAAAAGACAGAUGCAGGUUAGCGCGGCAAAUCCAUAUGGGGAUAGUUCGUUCCAUUCCGAUUCCGCGUCUGUGUUAAUUGAUGCUAAAAGAGAUGUCGAAAAGGAGAUAGAAACUCUAAAAGCUUUAAAGGAACAAUAUAGUCAUAGUAGCAUUACUGCCAAAUCAGAUGAAGGAGAAAUCGAAGAUACGGAGAAUGCACAGGACUCUGUAAGCGAGGAUGAUUCCGACGAUGACUCUGAUCGUAAAGAAGAAGAUGAAGAAGAAGCAGCCAUGGGUCGUGAACUAGAGGCGCUAACAUCCGACAUCGAUGUUAAGCAGCGUUUGAUACAAGAGCUUGAGCUCUCUCAGAGACGUUUGCAAACUAUGAAACAGCAUUAUGAGGAUAAAUUAGCUCAAUUGCAAACUCGUAUUAGAAACACACAAGAAGAAAGGGAUAAAGUGUUGCAGUCUUUGCAACAACAACCUACACCGCCUACUGAAAAGGUGAAAAAAUUACGCGACGAAUACGAAAAGAAGCUCUCUAACAUGCAAAAGGAAAUGCGACUUCUUCAAUCUGCUAAAAAAGAACAUGCGAGAUUACUGAAGAAUCAAUCGCAGAAUGAAAAUCGAUUGAGAGGUCUGAGAAACGAACUUUCGGAAAUGAAACGAGCAAAGGUGAAACUUUUGAAUAAAAUGCGAGAAGAAGCACAACGACAUAAAGAAAAUGAGCUGAGACGCAAUAGAGAAAUAGCUCAAUUACGUAAGGAGAGUCGCAGACAUGCGAAUGUGAUUAGAACGCUGGAAGCAGACAAAAGAAUGAAAGAAGUUGUACUUAGGCGUAAGCAAGAGGAGGUAACGGCUCUACGAAAAAGGGAUCGAGGAUUGAGUCAAAAGGCUGCUGGCCGUGCACCAGCCAGACCACCUAAUCCUAAAGCGUUGAAGCAAAGGUGGCAAACAUUCGAAAGGACAAUCACCAAACAAGCAUUGGCGAAACAAGCUGCCGCAGAAACGGAGAGAGAAAUGGAAAGACUACUUCAAGAGAGAGAAGAACUAGGAAGAGAUUUGGAGAAGCUCCAGAAACAUAGAAGUCAAAUUACAAACACAAGAGGAGAUAUCAUCGAUAUUGAUGAAGAGAUCGAUAACGUGCGGAGUAAAAUCAGUUACUUGCAGGAUAGUAUCGCGGAAUGUCAACGGGAUAUGGUUGAAAUGGGCGACGGUGAAGCGGAAAGUGAACCUGGUGUCGAAGCGCUCAUCUCUACGAUUCGAACGGUGGAUGAAGCACAAUACUUACUUCAACGAAUGCUCGCGUUUACUGUAGAGCAAAGCUGCAUGGCCGCACAGAAGCAACUCGAAGUACGAGAUAUGGAAUCACGGCUCAAUCAAGUUGCGCAAGAGAGUGACGUGCAACAUCAAUUACUUGAGCAUGUUUUACGCGAUAGAGAUCUUUUAUCUCUUACCAAUAAUCAGAAUAAUAUAUCAACUUAUAGUCCAGCUAGCUCAAGAAGUUCUUCUCCCGACAACAGCGAAAUUUAUAGCCAAAUCAUACUCGGUGAAGAAAAACAGCGUAAUAGUAAGGUCAGAAGAAGAACAACGCAGCCACAAGAACUUCUCUAUGGGUACAUUAAUCCCGAGAAUAUGACAAAAGCAGAAGAUCAGAAUCAAAACUAUAACCACCCUCUUACUAGAGUCCCCAGUGCGCCAGGUAGCCUAAAAGGACUGGUGUUAACACGAAAUCAACAUGGUAGUACUGGCGGAUCGCCGACUUUGAGUCGUCGUGAGAGCACUUCGCCCAGAGCUUUGCGACGGCCGAUUCAUCCAGGUGGAGGCUCCAUGGAACAGGUAGCGCAUACGGAUGUGUCUUCACCUCCUGGAUCUCCGACUACAUACAGGCGAUUCAAUAGCCGCGAAGAAAACGUAUUCUCGAGACUAACUGCAAGUAGACAACCGAUCGCAUCUGAACCGCAACCAAUGAAAGGAAUCAUCUCACAGUAUCAAGGCAAGGUACAACCACGGGCUAUUUUACAAUGUUCUCAUGUAGCAGAAGGACAUAGCAAAGCUGUCCUCACUAUAUGCGUGACUUCAGAUUUACUUUUCAGCGGUUCAAAAGAUCGCACUGUAAAAGUAUGGGAUUUAGAAACGGGAAUCGAGAGUCAGACUUUAAGCGGGCAUCCCAAUAAUGUAGUCGCCGUGAAAUAUUCCGCUAUUCAUCGACUUUUAUUUAGCGUGUCCGCAGCAUACGUUAAAGUUUGGGAUUUAAGAGCCGGCAGUUGUGUAAAGACGCUAUUCUCCUCGGGUCAGACUCAGACUGGUCCGAUCGCAUUGUCGACUCCGUCCAGGAUAUUGCAAGUUCCCGUAGGAGAAACGACGAUUAACGAUCUGGCGCUCAGCUUGGACGAGCAGGAAUUGUAUACAGCAGCUAGCGACAAAGUCAGAAUAUGGGAUCUUCGUAAAUUGACGUAUACUGCUAGAUUAAAUACACCACACACAGCGGCCGUUAUGUGCUUGGCUGUUGGCGAGGAUGGCAGAGUAAUAGCUGGUAGUAAGGAUCAUUUGAUAUCUCUCGCCGAGCCGAAUAUGUCCGGUUCGUCCAUCAGCUUAGCGCCACCGCACUAUGAUGGAGUUCAGUGUUUAGCUACGAUCGGUUCCACAUUAUUUUCUGGCUCUAGAGAUAUGUGCAUUAAACGAUGGGACCUGAGUAAAAUGGAAUUGAUUCAGUCUCUCAACAACGCCCAUAAAGAUUGGAUCUUGGGAUUGUGCACGAUAAAUAAUGGUUCUAUAAUGAUCUCUGGAUGUCGUGGUGGUAUACUCAAGGCAUGGUCCGUUCCUAAGGAUCAUUCGGGAGAAUGCACGCCUAUUGGAGAAGUCCGGGCGCACACUUCCGCCAUCAAUGCUAUCGUGACUAAUCAACAGCAUGUAUUUACAGCGAGCAACGAUGGAACUGUGAAAUUGUGGAAUUGUAAACGAGACGCAAGGACCUUCUACAGGAGCAACUCAUUGAAAAGCUAACAUGCAUCGUUCUACUAAAUAUUAUAUUUAAUUUGCAAUUAUACAGUUUAAAUGAUAAUGCACUUGACCAUCUGUCAUGUUUAGUUUAUACUUUUAUACGUUGCUAUUAAUCUUUUUUUAGUAUUAUUGAGAAUAUACUCUCCAAAAAAAAAUGACUUAUAUUAUUUUCUAUUAUAUUCUUUGACUCUGUUUUAUACUUUGACUCUUUUUUAAUUUUUAAUAUUAAG